UCCUGCAGAUUCACUUGCUAACUCGGGAGUUACAGCUGUUAUUAGGAGGCAUUCAGUGUGGCUUUAGGGAGUGUGCCAGGGGAUAAUCACUGAGUCGACUCUCAGAUUUCUUGUAAUCUGGGCUCUUUUCUCUUCUGAGUCUCCUCAUCAUUAUUAUGGAGCCAAACAGUCCUAAAAAGAUCCAAUUUGCUGUGCCAUUAUUUCAGAGUCAAAUAGAUCCUGAAGCAGCUGAACAGAUCAGGAAGAGAAGGCCCACACCAGCAUCACUAGUUAUUAUGAAUGAACACUCACCCUCAGAAAUAGAUGAGAAGAGAAAGAGCAACUCACAAGGAGAAUCACAGAAUGCCUCCCCUAAGCAGAGAAAGCAGAGUGUGUACACUCCUCCUGCCAUCAAAGGCAGUGAACAGGCAGAUUCUAUUAAAUGUAAUGGUAAUCACCACUCCUCAGGCACCAUACAGCAGCAGAGAGUAACUGAGGCAGAUGAUCAGCUUAUGAAACCAAGGCGGAAAGAUACACCAUUUCAGCACCAAGCACCGUUUGUUCCAGGAGUUAAACAUCUGAAAAGCCAGAACGACUCAGCAUUCCCAGAGGAAGAAGAGGGUGUCAAUGAAAGAGAAGAAGAAUGGGACCAUUAAUUAGCAUUGUGUAAGAAAGGUUAUUGUGAAUAACUGAACUGCUAAACUUUCCAUACUUAACAUGGAAUUCCAUUGCUUGUGUUUCUGAAACAUUCUUCAUCUCACCACUCCAGGCACACAUAGCAGGAUGCUUUCUGGGGAGUAUUCCUUGACUGGAUUUUACAGCACUCUGCAAACUUGUCCUGUGCUACUUGUAACUAAAGAUAAACAUUUAUUUUACAGUCAUUUUUCUUUCCUUUUUUAUGACUUAAAAAUGUAAGUUGCAAAUAUGUUAGUAAUCUAACUUCGGUACUGCCAGAGCUUAAUUACUGAAUGUGAUCUGUACUCCAAGACUUAUU